AACAUCUCAUCCACCAGCACGCAAGGUCUACUACUACCUCCUCCAUUACAAAUUCGGCCAAAUAGUUUUAUUCCAUCCAUCCAUCCAUCCAAGUGUUUGAAUUUCCACGAUGGAAAUGUCGAGUCGAAGUUUGGCGGUAGCCGUGCUGCUGUUGCUGGCCCGGCUGAGCGCUCCGGUGGAGUCACAGUCGGCCGAGACGAGCGACUGCAGCGGCCAGGACACGACCUUUGAACUGAGGACGGGCUACGUCUUCACGGCGCCGGAAGAGAUCCUGGACACGCGGCCCGACACGCUCCAGCUCUCCGACUGCAUCGACAACUGUCGCGCCAACAGCAGCUGCUCCGCUCUCAACUUUGAGACGGGACUCUGCGUCCUGUUCCGCACCAACGCCUUCGACACUCCCGAGGCGCUGACCAAAUCGCAGUUUCCGGUUUACACAAUUUACGCCCAGAAGAUCUGCUUGGCCAAUGCCAGCGAAUUGUGCGUCGAUCGUCCGUGGGCUUACGAGAUGGUCCCGUCGUUCGAAAUGUCGGCCUUUGUCCGCGAGAAGAAAACGGCGGCCACCCGCCGAGCCUGCAUGGAACUCUGCCUCAACGAAAAGACGUUCCAGUGCCGUUCUGCCAGUUAUAACGCCGUCAGCGGGGAAUGUUCGCUGAGCGACAUGGAUCGUUUCUCUGUGACGGCCCGAUCCGCUUACUCGACCACGCCGGACGUGGACUAUUUCGAGACCAACUGCGCCGACGAUCCCGUCAAAAUGUGCGACUUCCAACGGACCGAGGGCCGCAUUCUCAAAACAGUCGACGCCGUUUACCAGGAUGUCGAGGACGAGGAAGCCUGUAAAUCGCUUUGCCUCAAUUCCAACUUCCGCUGUCACUCGUUCGAUUUCGGAGAUACCGGCGAGAAAGUCUGCCGGCUCAGCCAUCACUCGGCCAGCUCCCUCAGCCAAAUUCAGGAUCCUUAUUUGGAGAUUCCGGAAGCGAAAACUUAUGAGUUGACGUCUUGUUACAAUGUGACCAUCGAUUGCCGCUCGACCGACAUGAUUGUCCGCGUCAAAACCAACCGCAUCUUUAGCGGCAAGUUGUACGCCAAGGAGAGACCCAACUCUUGCGUCACCGACGUCGCCAGAGGCCUGGAAUUCGAACUCAAGUUGGGCUACCAGGAUCUCGGCUGCGAUGUCAAACAGGAAGGCCCCGGCAAAUUCUUCACCGAAGUCGUCAUCCAGCAUCACGACCAGAUUGUGACCAGUCAAGAUGUCGGAUUGGCCCUCCGCUGCUCCUACCAACUGCAGAACUACACACUGACCAGCGGACUGGACUUGUCCGUCGCCAGCCGAGUUCCCACCAUCGCCGAAGAGUCGACGGUGGUUCCAGGGCCGACGGUUCUCAUGAAGAUCGCAGCCCGCCAGGGUGGCGACGUCCAAACGGCCCAGGUCGGCGACCCGCUCAGUCUCUUCUUCGAGAUCCAGGAGCCCAACACUCCUUACUCGAUCUUUGUCCGCGAGCUGAUCGCCACCGACGGAGUCGACAACAGCGAAAUCCUCCUGAUCGACUCCCGCGGUUGCCCGACCGACCAGGAAAUCAUGGGACCCAUCAACGCCAUGAACGGAACCUCCAAGACCCUCCGGGCCCCGUUCGACGCUUUCAAAUUCCCCAACUCGGACGUUGUCCAGUUCAAGGCGCUCGUCACACCCUGCCUGCCCACUUGCGAGCCGGUCCAGUGUGACGUCCAGGAUUACCUGGGCUAUCACCGUCAAAUCGAGUCCCUGGGCAAGAGGAGGAGGAGGCGCAGCGAAGCUAACGGCCAGGACCCGCACAACCUCCUAGUGGUCCAGUCCAUCCGCAUCGCCGACAAGUUCCAGGCGGCCGCCGACACCUCCCCGGCCAAAACUAAAACGGCCUCCACCGAAUCGGAAGUGGCCGUCCUCCGCAACUCGGACGGCCUCUUGAACCAUCACUCGGAGAUGCCACCGUGCCUCAACUUGCUGGGACUCCUGAUGGCCGGCGCUUUGUUCCUGGUGGCCCAGGCCGUCCUCAUCGGCGCCUGGGCAUUCAUCUGGCAGAAGAGACGUCAAACUAAAAUGGCCGAAACGACCAUCGAGAGCGACCGGCGAUUUUUCUCGACCACCUACGCCAACAACGCCUACGCCACUAGUUAAACAACAACACAAAACGACGCAAUUAAGUUCAGCUCAGCUUAACUUAUUUUAGCUUAUCCCUCCCCCCCCCUUCUCUCCUGGUUAUUGAUUUGUUGAAGUGAUUUGUUCAAGUGCCUUAAUUAUUCAAAUGUGUACCUUUUUUUUAAUUAUUUUUCGAAGGAUCGAAUCGAUUGAAUCGAAUCGAUGGCUGAAUCCGAGCAGAAACAGGGAAAAGGGAAAACUGUAACUUAAUUCUAUUUGCGUGCUAUUAUUCUAUUGGCUUCUAUUAUUUCUUUUUUCUGGAAAAAAACAAAACAAAACAAUCUGGUUUCGGGUGAAUUAUGUAAUUCCAAUCAACGGUGACUGGGUGUUUGUACUUCUCUGGCCUCAAUUUUUAUGUUUUUUUCGUUUCCCUCACGACAUUUUUGCGUGUCGCUGACUUGUGUGUUGUGUUUGAGUGCGUGCGGAUGCGGUUAUGGGUCUUCAUUUUCAUCCUGUUGUUUAUCUGUUUUUCUUUUCUCUUUAAUUUUCAUGGUCCGGAAUUGUUUUGCUAUUUUGGGGUCUCCUGGCAUUCACGUCGAAUCGCUCCCGAUCAAUCGUGUCGUCCUCUGUACAAAAAAAAAGUUAACAAAACAAAACAAAAG